AUGUCAAAUCCUGCACAAGUUUUAUCGAGACAUCGAAAAACACCAUUGCCACCUGUAGUACCAACACGACAAACUCUCAUAUCAUGGACACAUGGUAAUCAAAAGGGUAGACCGAAAACGGUGCCCCGUCGAUUUGGAUCGUCUUGGUGGCUGUUGGCCGAACGGUAUGAUGAUGAUGAUGAUUCGGAUUACAUGAUAGAAGAGAAUGAUAAUAAUGAUCAUUGCUCUUUACCACCGGCCAAGCGUAUUAAAUUGGCCAAUUCCGAAUCAUUACCAGCUUCGGUCACAGCUGAUACAGUAAAAAUUUUUCUUGGUGAACAUCCCGAAUUUCUUGAUUCAUAUAUUCAACAAAAUGUUACUUCAAAUACAAUCGAACAAUGGAUAUCGAAAAAGCCUCAAAAAUCAUCGCAAGUUCAACAACAGAAAAAAACUUCUGUGUCAACACAUUCUCCUCCCCCUCAUCCACCACGUCCAUCAUCAUCAUCAUCAAUGCCAUUGGUUUCAGCACAAAAAAAAAAUUUCUCAUCGUCAACAACAAAAGUUCCAUUAUCAACAAAUACUGAUGCAACAACAACAUCUCUAUUGGAAUCAUUCUCACAUCCAAUAUCAUCAACAACAACAAAAUCAAUGAGCAGAUUGGCAGAAUUAACUGAUCGACGUCGUUUAUUGCAUGAAUUGACUGAUGAAGUUAAUCAACAUGUAACUAAAGCUCAAAUCUUAUUUGAAUUAUGUAAAUCAAUAGCAUCAACAGUAUCAGCUGAUGGUUUUAAUUUAUAUUUGGUUGAUGAAACUGGAACUAGUAUGCGAUUAUUCACUCCAGAAAAUGACGAUGAACAAGCAGCUUGUUUUGUUCCAAUUCCAAUCGGUAUUGGCCAUUGUAUUGCUGGUUAUACUGCAUGGGCAAAAGAAACUAUUCGUAUCAAUAAUAUAGCUAUGCUUGAUAUGAUAAAAUAUCCUGAUGGUCUUUAUAUUAAAGAUGAUAAAGUAACGACUGUUAUGGCUCAUCCAAUUGUAAAUGCCAGUGGAACACUUCUCGGUGUAGUUGAAUUUUAUCGAAUUGAUAGUACAAUUCCAUUUUCUGAUGAAGAUGUAGAACUUUACCAUUCAAUGACACGAGAGCGACGUUUAAAUGAUUUUCUUUUGGCUGUAACUAAAUCAAUUUUUCAAGAACUUGUUAGUAUGGAUGCUGUGAUGCUAAAAAUUAUGAGUUAUGCAAAAAAAUUAGUUAAUGCUGAUCGUGCCUCAUUAUUUAUGGUUGAUUCACGUACAAAAGAACUUUAUGCACGAAUAUUUGAUAUUGGACGUGAAGAACAUGAUGUACUUGAUUUAUCUGCUAUUAAUGAUAAAAAUGGACAAACAUUUUCACCAAAUGAUGAACGUGCAUGUAUACGUUUUCCUAUGGAUAAAGGUAUUGCUGGUUAUGUAGCAACAACUGGAAAAACAUUAAAUAUUGUUGAUGUUUAUAGUGAUAAUCGGUUUAAUCGAGAUAUUGAUCAAAAAACAGGUUAUAAAACCAAAACACUUCUAUGUAUGCCAAUUAUGAUUCAAGGAAAUGUUAUUGGUGUUGUUCAAAUGGUUAAUAAAAAGAAUGGACAUUUUACCAAAAGUGAUGAAGAAUCAUUUGAAACAUUUGCUGUUUAUUGUGGACUUGCCUUACACCAUGCAUCACUUUAUGAUCGUAUACGUCGUUCAGAACAAAAAUGUAAAGUAGCACUUGAAGUUUUAUCAUAUCAUGCAUCAUGUACCGAUGAAGAAUAUGAACGUAUGAAAACCUACACACUUCCAGAUAACAUUCCUAAUAUAGAACGAUUUGAAUAUUCUCCAUGGGAUGUUGUCAAUGAUAUGAAACCACUUUAUGUUGUGUAUAUGUUUCUUGAUCUAGCUAAUAUGGAUCCAUUAAAUGCGAAUCGAUUUGAUUCUGAAUGCUUAAUGAGAUUUAUAUUAACUGUACGAAAAAAUUAUCGGAAUGUACCAUAUCAUAAUUGGUCACAUGCAUUCAGUGUUGCACAUGCAAUUUACACUGUGAUAAAACAAACAAAACAUCGAUUCUCACCAAAUGAUUGUAUUGCUUUGUUUGUUGCUUGUCUUUGUCAUGAUCUUGAUCAUCGUGGUAAAACAAAUGCGUUUAUGGUAAAAAGUGCAUCAACAUUAGCUUCAAUUUAUACAACUUCAACUAUGGAACGACAUCAUUUUAAUCAAACAGUCACAAUACUUCAAACUGAAAGCCAUAAUAUAUUUAAACACUUCUCUUCAAAAGAAUAUCGACAAAUGUUAGAUGAAAUUCGUCAUUGUAUAUUAGCCACUGAUCUGGCACUUUUCUUUGAAAAUCGUCCUAAACUUGAACGUAUUGUUGAUAAUAAUGAAUACAAUUGGAAUAACAAGGAACAUUUUCGACGCUUGCAAUCAUUAUCAAUGACAUCUGCCGACUUAUGCGCCAUGUAUAAACCUUGGCCUAUACAACAAAAUAUUGUCAGCAUUAUCAUGGACGAGUUUUGGGAAGAGGGUGAUGAAGAAAAACGUAAAGGUAUUCAGCCACAAUCAUUAAUGGACCGAUCACUUGCACAUGAAUUACCAAAAAAUCAGGUGAAUUUUAUGAAAAGCAUUUGUUUACCGUGCUAUUCGUUAAUAGUACGUGUUUUGCCAGAAACAAUGCCAAUGCUCAUCGGAGCCAAAAGUAAUCUUCAACGAUGGCAAGAUUUAGCUAAUGAAAAACAACAAGUAACUCAUACGAAUUUAGCUGCUAUAUCUCCUGGUACAUCAACAGAUGAUACAUCUGAUUCUUCUCGAACUCCUCCAACUAACAAUAUUCGUCAGCCAGCAUCGUCGUGA